AUGGAUUUGCUCUAUAUUCCACUUUUCACCGUUGAUGCCCUUGCAAUAUAUCAUCAGAACGAGUUCCUUUACCAUACAUGGCAUGUCUACGCGAUGCUGCUCUUCGGCACAAGUCGAAUGGUCCAAUUCGCCUCAACAUACAUGGUAUUGUGUGCGACAAUGGAACGAUUCAUUGUGGUGGCCAAUAUUACUUCGCUUCAAUCCCUAGUAAGAGAAAACGGCCGCUAUAUAACUAUAGGAGUAGUUAUUCUAUGUGUUCUUGCACUUCGAGUGCCAGCCUUUUUCGAGUACGUGAUCACUUUUCGAACGGAGUGCCCGAUUUAUAUGGUGAGGCUGGUGUCCAUUAUUAGUGCACUCUUUUUCCAGAAUUCGUAA